AGACAUGGCGGCGCCCAGCGCGAAAGCGGAAGUCAGCUGGAGCGCGUGAGGGGGGCGGACGCUAGCAGCCCGGGCUCGCGCGCAGAACAGCCAUUGUAUCCUAAAACAUGCAGUCUGCUUGGCAGAGAUUUGGAGUUUGUUCCUCAUGUCUGAAAAGGCAGCUAAAUGACUUAAUUAAAUGGCAAAGGAGAUUGAUUCCAGGAUGGAUCAGAUCUAUUUACAGUGAGACAGGGAAGUGGGAAAGAGACUAUGGAUUGGAAACAAGAAAGAAAGUUGAGAAGUGGUGGCUUCCAAGAAUGAAGGAACAGUUUUGCAAAACUUCAGAAACAGAUAAAUCAAGACAAAAGUUUUAUGUGCUUUCAAUGUUCCCAUACCCUUCUGGAAAGCUGCACAUGGGCCAUGUUCGUGUCUAUACCAUCAGUGACACAAUAGCACGGUUCCAGAAAAUGAGAGGGAUGCAGGUGAUAAAUCCAAUGGGAUGGGAUGCAUUUGGGUUACCUGCAGAAAAUGCUGCAAUUGAACAUGGGCUGCACCCAGCAAACUGGACACAAAGUAAUAUUAAACACAUGAGGGAGCAGCUUGAUGCACUAGGUCUGUCUUUUAGCUGGGAACAGGAAAUAACCACUUGUUUGCCAGAGUACUAUAAAUGGACACAGUACCUCUUUAUUAAGUUAUUUGAAGCUGGAUUAGCCUAUCAAAAGGAGGCCAUGGUUAAUUGGGACCCAGUGGAUCAGACUGUUCUAGCAAAUGAACAGGUGGAUGAAAAUGGCUGUUCAUGGCGUUCAGGAGCAAAAGUGGAACAGAAGUACCUCAGACAGUGGUUUAUCAAAACUACUGUUUAUGCAAAGGCCAUGCUUGAUUCUUUGUCGGAUCUCCCUGAGUGGUAUGGUAUAAAGGAAAUGCAAGCAAACUGGAUAGGUGAUUGUGUUGGAUGUUAUCUUGACUUCGUGUUAAAGGUUAAUGGCAAAGAAACAGGAGAGAAGCUAGCUGCCUAUACCUAUACACCUGAAGCCAUUUAUGGAGCUUCCCACUUAUAUGUUUUACCUGAUCAUAGACUACUGCAUGGAAAUAGUAGUCUGAAGGAAGUGUUGCAGAGUGAGUUCAUCCCAGGCAAAGACUGUCUUACGUCAGUGACAGCAGUGAACUUACUUACCAAACAGGAGGUUCCUAUAGUCAUCUCUGCAAAAUCAGCUUUUGAGAACUAUAUUGAUACUAAAAUAGGAAUUCCUAGUACUAAUCCAGAAGAUGCUGCUGUUGCUCAGAAUCUGGGUCUCUCUUUCUCUGAAGUCAUUGAAACACUACCAGAUGGUUUGGAGACCCUUGUCAACUCUGGAGAGUUCACAGGCAUGACUAGGCAGGAAGCUUUAAAAGCCCUAACUCAGCAGGCCAAAAAUAAAGGAGUAGGUGGAAACCUAACAAGUGACAAGUUAAGAGAUUGGUUAAUAUCUCGACAGCGGUACUGGGGAACACCUAUUCCCAUAAUCCACUGCCAGACCUGUGGCACAGUCCCUGUGCCUUAUGAGGACUUACCUGUGGAGUUGCCCAAUAUAACCACCUUUACAGGAAAGGGAGCCUCCCCUCUAGAAACUGUCCCAGAGUGGAUAAACUGUUCAUGUCCAAGGUGCAAAGGACCUGCAAAGAGGGAAACAGACACCAUGGAUACAUUUGUUGAUUCAUCUUGGUAUUACCUGAGAUACACUGAUCCUCAUAACUCUGAUAGGCCUUUUAAUAAAGCCUUGGCCGACUACUGGAUGCCUGUGGAUUUGUACAUUGGGGGAAAGGAGCAUGCAGUUAUGCAUUUAUACUAUGCUAGAUUCUUGAGCCAUUUUUGCUAUGAUCAAAAGAUGACCAAACACAAGGAGCCUUUUUAUAAACUCUUGGUUCAAGGUCUUAUCAAGAGUCAGACAUAUAAACUAACAACAACAAGCCAAUAUCUGAAGAGAGAGGAAAUUGAUCUCACUGGGACUGAACCAGUUCACAUAAAAACCAAAGAGAAACUUCAGGUUACAUGGGAAAAAAUGAGUAAAUCCAAGCAUAAUGGGAUAGAUCCUGAGGAAUUAGUAGAGCAGUAUGGCAUAGACACUAUGCGACUGUACAUACUGUUUGCCGCGCCUCCAGAACAAGACAUCUUGUGGGAUGCAAAAACUGAUGCUGUCCCUGGUGUACGAAGAUGGCAGUCACGCCUUUGGACCCUAGCAACCAAAUUUAUAGAAGCCAGGACUUCCAGCACUGUGCCCAAUCCUCAGCUGUUGAACGAGAAGGAGAAGGCUGAAGCCAAAAAGAUCUGGGAGCAGAAGAACCUUGUGGUCUCUGAGGUAACAAGUUACUUCACAAAAGAUUACUUGUUUAAUGCUGCAAUCUCUCGACUGAUGGGCCUCACUAACUUACUCUCACAAGCCUCUCAACCUCUCAUUCUUCACAGUGCAGAAUUUGAAGAUGCUUUGGCUACUCUUUGUAUUAUGGUUGCACCUAUGGCCCCGCACAUAGCCUCAGAGCUAUGGAAAGGUUUGGCACAUGUGCAGAAUAAACUUUGUACGUAUCAUAAGUGGGAUGAUGAUGUGCUGCAUCAGUCCUGGCCCGAAGUGGACCCAGAAUACCUCCAGCAACCAGAUAUCAUAGAGAUGUCUGUUCUGAUCAAUAACAAAGCUUGUGGCAAAGUCAGUAUGCCUCGCCAAGUAGCCCGGAAUGCUGAGGAAGUCCAUGAACUAAUUCUUCAAAGUGAGCUGGGAAUCAAACACCUCCAGGGACGUCCUAUCAAAAAGGCCUUUCUGUCUCCAAGAACUGCCCUCAUCAACUUCCUAGUGCAAGAAUAAUGGGCAUAUGUGUUGUCUAAGGCUGCUAGCCUGUGUGUGGCUGAUGGAAUGCUUCAAAAUGAAGCCCAUUAAAAAUACCAAUUAUGCUUAUUUAAAUCUAUUUCACAAUGGAGAAAAAGGAAAAAUCUUUAUUGGCUAAAACUGUAUUGCUGCUGAUCCUUGUCAAGUCAGUCUUCAUUUAAACAUAAAGAAAAGCCAAGGUAUUGGGGUUUCCUAUUUGAUCAGUGAAGGAAGCUACUUCACCACAUUGUCAGGCUGAGCAAGGAUGCUACAAGAGGCAACAGUGUAAGGAAAAUCAGGCAAAAGAAAAAGAUAUUUGGGAGAAAUAUCUGAAACUGCAGUUAAGAGGGCAUUAGAGAUGGGCCCAACCUACAAUGUCUGCCCCAGUAUUCAAGUGUCCUAAAGUUCAUGGGUAUCUGGGCCAAUCUCUAGAAUGUAUCUUACUAGGAAAUUGACUUUGUUUCUAUCAGUGUUUUUGGUAAAUGUGAUUAAAGAGCCAAACUACUGUAGUGAGUACUUGCUCCACAACACGUUCAAAGAACCAUAAUACGUCACCAGUCACCUCUGCUUCCUAGAUAGAGAUCACAUUUGGGUUUGCUAAUAUGAAAUAGCAUUAUUCCUUAUCCACAUUUUUGGUGCAAUUGAGUGCUUAUAGGAAUCAAUUAGCACUGGAUUGUGGGUAGGGUAGUGUAGGCCAGUGGUUCUCAACCAGGGGUCCAGAGCCCCGUAGGGGGCCUCAAACAGAUUUCAGGGGUUCCGCCAAGCAGGGCCAGUGUUAGACUCAAUGGGGCACAGCACAGAAAGCUGAAGUCCCACUGCGUGGGGCUGAAGCCUGGGGCCCUGAGCCUCGCCACCAGGGGCUGAAGCCAAAGCCUGAGCAACUUAGUUUUGUGGGGGGGCCCUCUGGCAUGGGGCCGCAGGCAAAUGCCCUGCUUGCUCCCCCCUACCGCAGGCCCUGGUUUUCAUAAGCAGAAAACCAGUGGAGUUUUUAUAGCAUGUCGGGGGUGGGGGGUGCGGGCUCAAAAAGAAAAAGGUUGAGAACCCCUGGUGACGGCCAUCAGGAUGGAUGUUUCCUUACACAGCUCUGACAGUGCACUCCAGACAUGUUUGACAGACAAAUUAAGAAUAUAAAAAAAUACUUUUCAUACAUUCUGGUUUAAUCUGUGUCCUUUUUGCUUGCUUUCCAUCACCUUACAUUUAUCUUCUUCAGAUUUUACAAACUACAGAAAGUUUCUUCUGAAUAGAAUUUGUUUUCACCAGAUAGCACAUCUCCGAGCACGCCAGACGCAUUGUACAAAAGAAUUACGUAGAUACUAGUAAUGCAGGGCUGGUGAAGGCAAACAUAGCAUCCUUUCUUGGUUCAAGGUGAGCUCUCACAUGAGAACCCAAAUGGCAACUCUCUUGUUUUUUCGGUGGAUUUCAUUAUGUGCAAAUAAACAAUUGUGUUCCUAGGGGAAUCUGAAGUCAAUGAGAUUGUUUCAUAAAAUACAGAAUAAUUCUCAUGCACCAGUGCAGCCAUUUUUUUGGUACAAUACGUUACUGUUAUAUGCACAAGGAAAUGUUUACACUGUUUAACAAAAGGAAGAGAGGGAAUUUGAAUCCUCAAGUCUGCACUGCAGUCAUUUGGAAUGGUUUUCUUAAAGAAAAUUACAGGGUUUACUGUACUAUGACCUUUGUUCUUUACAGGCAGUGAAUCAAGUGGCCUUUUAAACCAGCCACGCAGGGGGUAACUUUGCAGCUAGGAAGCCAGCCAAAAAAAUCAGCUAGCCAUCUAAAAAGGUCUGUUAACCCUGGAGCCAACUCAUCAAUCAGACAGUCUGUCUCCUAAAUUGAAAAGAAACCAGAAAAAUCAUCCUGUUUAGUAGUCAUAAACAAGUUUGUUACCUAGUCAGUCACCCAAGCGACUAGAACCCAGAUAGAUACAGUUAGAAUCCCACACUAGUUCCAACCUUAGCAAACAGGAUUCGGGUCUCUGAUUUUUUUAAUUCCAGAAACUAACUCUCCUAGUUCCCAGCCGCUUGCCCUGCCCACUGGACCAUACUGAUCUAUGCUUUCUUUUUCAACAGUCCUUUUCAACAGAGAAACGCCAAGGGAAUUUGGCGCAGUUGGCAUAUUUACAAUGAAAAUCUGCUCUUUGUAAUGUAAUUCUUUAAAAAUCCUAGCCAUAAAGAAAUGUAUCUAGCCAGGCAAUCAAAGCUAGGCAUCAGCUGAAAAUUAAAACCAGUUUAAUUCCAGUGACUGUCUGAUAUACACGUUGUUAUAAAUUCUUAAAACUCAGAUGCCCCUAUAAGGACUAAUAAAGAAGCCUUUUAAACUAUCAUUUGGAACUCACAGCACUGUCUUGCUUUUUCUGUGUAAACAUUUACAAAAUCCUUAGGCAACAGUUUUGAAGAGUUUUUCAUGGAUGUGGGAGGUGUUAUGAUUCUGUAAAUAGAAACCCUCCUCAUUUACUAGGAGGAAGAAAAAUGCAGUAAGAUCAACAAAUCUGUGUGCCUUUUAACGAGGGCUGCAGUAAUGGCCAGUUUCAGCAGCAGACAACAGUAUUUAUUGCUGUUAGCACAGGAGUGUAUUUGCUCUUCCAGAAUGAAGAAGUGAAUUGUAUAUUUCACGUUGCAAUGCAUACACAUUUAUAAUAGGGAACAAUUUUUUCCUCUAUCUUAAAAAAAAAAAAUCAUUAUAGCCAAUUGUGCAAGAAAUACGUCAAGUCAUGGCUGCAUGUUUACAGUGAGUCACAACUUGGUUUCUAGUGUGGUCUCGAUGAUAAAAUACAGUUCUGCAAAAAUAAGCGGGGGAGAGAUGAAGAUGUGGAAAGCUUGACAUAGCCUAACCCCAUAUUGAGUGUGUAUUUGAAAGCUGUACGGCUAUCAACUGAGGUUCUUUUGGGUUUAGCCUAUGAUAGCUGUUGAAACUUUUCAUAAAGUUAACAUGCUUCUAACCACCACCAUUUUAUUUGUCUUAUGACAGUUGUGUAUCACAAGUUUGUUUCUAUAUUAAUAUGCCUAGACUGGACUGAUAUUGACAACAAGUGGCAUCUUACUUGUCUAAAGUAA